AUGAGUCCACUAAUGUAUAAGGCGUCCUCGCUUUGCCAUUUCCGCCCAGGGUUCAAUUUGGUAGUUCGCUUGUUUUCAGUAUCUAUUUAUCACAACACACGAUUGGCGGAGGUAGGCAGACUAGAGCUACCAAAGGCGCAAGGCAAAUAUGAAACGGGUCAACUAUUCCUACACCGAGUAUUCGGAUAUCGCGGUGUGAUACUAUUCCCAUGGCUUGCCCGAGUGUAUGACCGCGAUCUUCCGAAUCAGUCCAAAGGAAACCAGCUGGACAGUGUCGCUUCGGAGUCGACCGAAGGCGGUGCUGCCGGCAACGCGAGCAAAGAAGUUCAGAAGAAAACGCACACGUUCUACCAGGUGUUGAUCGAUCAGCGAGAUUGUCCUUAUAUACGCGCGCAAACGGAAGCGGUAACAUUCUUGGGUAAUCAAGAAUCAAGCCGAAGUUUGUACGCAAUUCCUGGUCUGGAUUAUGUGGCGCACGAAGACAUACUGCCUUACAGCUCUGGGGAACAGCAUCCUUUGCAUCACGAAUUGUUUGACAAGUUCUUAGCCAACCAGCCAGACAAAGACCCACCGUUUGUAGCGCAGGAAACACUACGAGCCUGGCAGAAGAAGAAUCAUCCGUGGCUGGAACUGUCCGAUGUGCAUAAAGAAACGACAGAAGGGAUUCGCGUAACAGUCAUACCGUUCUACAUGGGCUGCAGGGAAACUCCGGCGGCUUCCGUUUACUGGUGGCGCUACUGUAUUCGAUUAGAAAACCUAGGCGAGCUAAGCGUACAGCUGAGGGAAAGACACUGGAGAAUAUUUUCCCUUUCCGGUACACUAGAAACGGUUCGCGGACGAGGUGUAGUCGGUCAGGAACCCAUCCUAAGUCCGCGUCUUCCCGCGUUCCAGUAUAGCUCGCACGUUAGCUUGCAGGCACCCAGCGGUCAUAUGUGGGGUACGUUCCGUAUGGAGCGCGAGGAUGGUCACAUGUUCGAUUGCCGUAUUCCACCGUUCUCGCUCGAAAGUAAACCAGAUGACAACAGUAGCAAUGGCAGUAUCGACGAAACGAGUUCAACCCUAGGUGUAUCCUCGAAACAACCGUCUUCCGGUACAGGCCCGAGCGGGGGUGAUGAAACUGUAUCGUCAUCCACUACGGCAUCUACGAAACCAAAUACUAAAAAUAACAAAAACGAUGGAGAUGACAAUGUUUGA